AUGCUCGAACUAGCCGUCAUGCUUCUGGAAUUGCAUAGCGGUAUACCCAUUGAAACUUUGACAAAAGAUGAAGAGCUCGGACGAGAUGGCGCACGCAACGAGUUUACAAACUUUUUGACAGCGAGCAGAGUUCUCCGCCAGCAAGUGGACGAUGGCCAAAUAUCUUUUGGGUUCAUGACUGCCAUUCAACACUGUCUCAACUGUUGGAACGAUCCCCGUCCGUCCUUUGAUGGUGACUCAGACUUUGUUCAGUCAAUCCAAGAACACGUAUUGGCACCACUAGAGGGAGAGAUGAUGAGGUUCAUGUACGGUUGA